UUCAGCCUGAAGCCCCCUAUCGGCUUUUGUGUGUGUUAGCAUCAUAGCUAGCUGUGCUACCGCCGACCUUGUUUGUUGAGGAACUUGCAGUUUGCUUCAAAAUAUCUCUGUGUAUACAUGGAAAACGUUGAGGCUCAGGCUCCAGCUAGCAAGGCUCCGGUCACUGAGCCUAAAGCUAAAAAUGGGCCGCAGACUGAUCAAAAGCGAAACGUGAAGAGAAAGCAGCCGCAGCAUUCUGCUGAGAUAGUAUUCACCAAAGGGGCAUCUAUCCAGACUUUGCCCGCUCUCAGCAAACAGCUGAAGGAUGUCACAGACUGCAUCAUUGGUCUUCAUUAUGUGUGGGAGUACCGCAGCCCCAGUAAAUCUGUCCCACCACACUACCAGUGCAAACUGUGUCAGGUCUCCCGCUUGCAGCACGAUAUGAUUGCACAUGUGAAAGGCUGGAGACACAGCUUCAGAUACAUGAAAAAGGUGCACCCUGACAAGGUCAAACAUGAAGAGGAAGAGGCCGUCAAAGACCCUGCUGUGAGGAAGGCGAUUAAAGGAGCUGCAGCUGAGGUGGAGAAGAUGGAGGGGAGGGGACAACUCAAGGUGGUCCUUAAGGAACCAUCUGAUGUUCCUGCUUUCAAAGGACUCCGUUCUGCUGUUCCUAAAUAUGUGCCUCAACCACCACCAGGGAUGGGACUAUCAGGAAUACCCUUUGGUCCCAGGUUCUCAGAGCCGAGGUUUCCGGGGGAGUUUCCAGGAGACUUUCCAGGGGAGUUUCCUCCUCCUCCUGCAGGUGGUCCUCUCUCUGACUAUCCAGGGGGAGAUUCCCAGUGGGAGUACGGCUUGGGUGGAUACUCAGGCAGGCAAGAUUCCCUCGACUCUGGUAUGAAUCGAAGACCUUUCCCAGAUAGCAUGGGUCCUCCUCGCCCAGCUGGGCUUGGAGACAAUUAUGGAUCCAGUGACAGAAGGAGUGGACCACUGGAGGACAACCCGGGUAGAAGGUAUUCUGAUGAAUACCGGGGAGGCCAAAUGGGGAGUAGCCUGAUGGACAAGACACUGGAGAGGCCAGGCUUGAUGGGAACUUCUCCAGAGAGUAGCAACCUUCCUAAUACACUUCUCACUUACCUGGAUACUUUCCGGAUAGAGAACGAGAGUGACGCACAGCUGGUGUUGAAGGUGACGCAGAAACUCACAGAUGUGCUGAUGGAGUACAGACUGAGGAGCGUAUCGACGGGUUCAAGUCUGAGCAGCUUCUCACUGAACUCCACAGGCUUCUCCUCUUCAAUCUCCAGCUUUUCACGCAGUAGCGAUCGAUUUUCAAGUAGUCUCUCAGGUCCAUCCAGAUACUCAAGCGGUCCAUCCAGAUAUUACAAAUAAUCCCAAGACAUGAUCUUUUCAUCCCUCCGUUCUAUGUGCGCAUCGGUCAUAAUGGUCCAUGAGUAGAAAACGUUUUUGUGAAAAUCUACUUGCCUGUAGGUAUCGUGUUUUUCUGCUGUUGCUACAUAGUAGUCUUUUUUUUUAUGUUUUUACUUAUUUACAUUACUGUCAGGUUUCAUUUGUUGGGUUUUACACAAAAUUACUUGUGCAUGUUUUCAGCAGCUUUAACUGAACAUAAGUGUAUAACCGUUGAUCAGUUUCCAAGGCUCUGUUCUAUUAAAGUAAUUGAGAAAA